UCCCACCUCCUGUCUCCUCUCGGUUUCUUCAACCUCUCAACUUUAACUUUUCAUCUCUCAUAUUAUUAUAUUCCACCUAAAAGCAUGUAAUUAUGAUUUAAAUGGAUCCAUUCAUUCAGAUAUAUCAUCAGCUUAUACACUCGAGUCCCUUGAUCGAUGAGCUUUUCCUCUUAACCACAACAUCAACACAUAAUCUGUAUUCCAUCUUCGUUUAGCUUUCUUCUUAAUAAAGAAGAUGAUGUUGGAGAAGAUGACAGAAGCAUCGAUUCCAUAUGUUUUUGUUACAAAUCCUUUGCCUGGGUCCAAUCCUCCACUUGCCAAGAAGAAAAGAAACCUACCAGGAACACCAAAUCCUGAAGCAGAAGUGAUAGCUUUGUCCCCGAAGACUUUAAUGGCGACCAACAGAUUCUUGUGUGAAAUAUGCGGUAAGGGUUUCCAAAGAGACCAGAACCUUCAGCUUCACCGGCGAGGACAUAACCUGCCAUGGAAGCUGAAGCAAAGGGCUACGAAAGAACCGAGAAAACGAGUCUACGUGUGCCCGGAAAAGACCUGCGUGCAUCACCAUCCAUCGAGGGCUCUCGGGGACCUCACCGGCAUAAAGAAACACUUCUGUCGGAAGCACGGCGAGAAGAAGUGGAAGUGCGACAAGUGCUCGAAGCGAUACGCUGUGAAGUCGGAUUGGAAGGCUCACUCAAAAACAUGCGGCACCAGGGAAUACAAAUGCGACUGUGGUACUUUAUUUUCAAGAAGAGAUAGUUUCGUUACUCACCGGGCUUUUUGCGAUGCCCUGGCGGAGGAGACGGCGAGAAUAAACGCAGCUACCACCAUGCACGGCGGGAUCAAUUAUCAUCUAAUGGAGAACCAACAUUUCUCGUCUAUCUUCAAACCAGUUUCCAGCACUGAUGAAACAUCAAUCGAUCAAACUACAUGUGGACUUUCUUUAUGGAUGAGCCAUGAUGUUCAUCGAUUUGGUUCUUUGAAUUCGGGUUCGAUAUACACCGAUCCUCCGGCAUCCGGUUAUCAUUUAAAUUGGGUGUCACCGAGUGUUGCUCAAGAGCUAACGUGCACUUCGCUUCCGUUGAACAAUGUCAAGGAAACCGGAGCUCUGCUCGUGAGUGUUCCUUCAUUGUUUAGCACCCAGCAGCUCCAAUCUCAUCAACCGCCAUCGUCCGCGAAUAUGUCCGCAACAGCUUUGCUGCAGAAAGCCGCUCAAAUCGGCGCGACGUCCACCGACUCGUUGUUCCUAGGAAGCUUGGGAACGAAGUGUGGCAACGGUUUGUAUGUGUCGGACACUUCACCGGUUAGUCUCGGGAGUGAUUUAGAAAAUCCGGUGAAUGAUAUUUUCGGUUUAAAUCAACUGCAAAUGUAUCCUGCAAAACGGCGGCGCACGCAGGAGGGGGACACUAGUGGCGGACAAACAAGAGACUUUUUGGGCGUCGGAGUAGUGCCGAUAUGCCAUCUGCCGUCUAUUAAUGGAUAUAUAUGA